AUCGCUCCUACCCCCGUUUUCGGGUCCCCAAUGUCGGAUCGGGAGGCCUCCCAAAAUCCCACCUCGCGUUCCCUCCGCUCCGUCUCCGCCGCCGCCUCCUCCUCCCGAUCCGAUCGCCGCUGCCGCCGCUCGCUUCGAUGGGCCGCCUCUGCUGCUAGGGCCGCCGCCGCCGCUGCCGCCGCCGCGAUCCCCACCUCUGCCGCCGCGACGGGUCGGCGUCGGCGACGACGAUGCAGCUUCGGAUCUCGCCGAGCAUGAGAAGCAUCACGAUAUCCAGCAGCAAUGGGUUCCUCGACUCGAUGAAGGUCAGGGUCGCCGCGCGCCACGUCCCCUACCGGACCCUCUUCCACACGAUUCUCGCCCUCGCCUUCCUCCUCCCGUUCGUCUUCAUCCUCACUGCCGUCAUCACCCUCGAGGGUGUCAACAAGUGCUCCUCCCUCGAUUGUCUGGGAAGGCGACUAGGGCCAAGGUUCCUUGGUAGGGGCGGUGAUGAUUCUGCGAAGCUUGUAAGAGAUCUGUAUAAGAUACUUAAUCAAGUGGAUUCCAAGGAAAUUCCUGUUGGACUGGUGCUGCCUGAAUCAUUCAGUGAGUUUCUUACUGAAAUGAAGAAUAACCAGUAUGAUGCCAGGACAUUUGCCAUAACAUUGAAGGCCACGAUGGAAAAUAUGAACAGAGAGGUCAAGAGAGCAAGGUUGGCAGAGCAGUUGAACAAACAUUUUGCUGCAAGUGCUAUUCCAAAAGGCAUUCAUUGUCUCGCUUUACGUCUGACAGAUGAGUAUUCUUCCAAUGCUCAUGCACGAAAGCAGUUGCCACCUCCAGAAUUGUUACCCAUGCUCUCGGAUAACUCCUACAAACAUUUUAUUCUAGCAAGUGAUAACAUCCUUGCAGCUUCCGUUGUUGUCACCUCAACUGUGAGAUCUUCUUUGAAACCUGAGGAGAUAGUCUUUCAUGUCAUCACCGACAAGAAGACUUAUCCAGGGAUGCAUUCAUGGUUUGCACUGAAUCCUCUUUCUCCAGCCAUUGUUGAGGUAAAAGGUGUUCACCAGUUUGACUGGUUGACAAGAGAAAAUGUACCUGUUCUCGAUGCUAUAGAGAACCACCAUGGUGUCAGAAACCAUUAUCAUGGAGAUCAUGUCAAAGGGAUCAAUGAUACUGACAAUCCAAGGGUUUUUGCUUCGAAACUGCAGGCCAGGAGUCCAAAAUACAUUUCUCUACUCAACCAUCUCCGUAUUUACCUGCCUGAGCUUUUUCCAAACCUCAACAAGGUGGUCUUUCUUGAUGAUGAUAUUGUUAUUCAGCAUGAUUUGUCACCUCUGUGGGAAAUCGAUCUUGCGGGAAAGGUAAAUGGGGCUGUAGAAACUUGCAGAGGCGAAGACAAGUGGGUGAUGUCAAAGCACUUCAGGACAUAUUUCAACUUCUCUCAUCCCCUUAUAGCCAAUAAUUUGGACCCUGAUGAAUGUGCAUGGGCAUAUGGGAUGAAUAUCUUUGACUUAAGUGCAUGGAGGAAGACAAACAUUAGAGAAAAAUAUCAUUACUGGCUGAAAGAGAAUCUGGUGGCCAAUUUGACACUCUGGAAGUUUGGAACAUUACCACCGGCCCUUAUAGCAUUUAGGGGCCAUGUGCAUCCUAUUGACCCAUCAUGGCACAUGCUAGGCUUGGGAUACCAGGAGAAAACCAACCUUGACAGUGUGAAGAAGGCUGCCGUGAUCCACUACAAUGGGCAGUGUAAGCCAUGGUUGGAAAUUGGGUUUAAACACCUUCAGCCUUUUUGGACAAAACAUGUCAACUACUCCAAUGAUUUCAUCAGGAAUUGUCAUAUCUUUGAGCCUCAAUGAUAGAUCAGAAGAUUGGACAAGUUAAAAGAAAGGAGGUAGACUGAUGUGAGUUUUGCAGCUCAGGACACAGCAUACAUAAUAGAAAUAUGGGUUACACAACCUAUGCAGAUACCAAGAUAUCACUGGCGGCAUGAGAGAUUCUUUAAUUUGUAACGUAUUGAUGCAUGCUCUCUUGGUAUACUUCAUCAAAGCCUAUCUGAGGGGAUAUAAUAUCCCUUUUCUGGUGCAUAAGAGCAGCUAAGUGUAAAGUGCUCACAGAAGUGCAGUGGAACUGCAGACUGCACUGGUCAGUCUUACAGGAGCAACAAAAGGCCUGGAUUGUUGUUGUUUCAGGCACGCCAAAUUGAUUUUUUAUCUUUAUCUUCUUUUUUCCCCUUUCCUAUAUAUUUUUUGUACUCCCAAAUUUUUGUUUCAUGCUGUUAAAUGUAUUCAUCCGGUAAUUGUUAGAAUGUAGACAUUUGUUAGUGCAGGGAUCCCAUUGAACUUGCAGGGAACUGAUAUUUAUUACCAUUUCAUGAGAUAUUAUUGGCAAUGUGCCGAUAAUUUUUUCCUAUUGGAUUGUGUUA